GUGCACCAUCAACCACCCUGUCCAUCACAAGUCACCAGGACUCUUGACUCGAGACUGCAGCAUCACGCUCUACUCGCAGGUCAUCGCACAGUCCUCUCAGACCACACUUUGCCGUUUCACAGCCUUCGACUUCGCACAGCCAGACACGAUGCCUGUUCCCUGGGAAGCGAUGAUCCCUAUGGGGUUGGUGGUGGUCAUGUUCGGCGUCACUGGUACGGGUUACAACCUCGCUUCUCACAUUGCUAAUGGUGGAAGGCCAUUGCGUCACAACAUUGACACUUGGGACGAGAUGAUGAUGCGCAGGGAUGAGAGGCUGACUGGGAAGUAUAGAGGGCAAAGUAUAGAUCCCAAGGCCCCUGCAGGCUACGCAACUUCAUCCAUCUGGGAGACAGAGAAGGUCAAGGCAUCCUGAACCUAGAGCGCAACUACGCUGCGUUCGCUGCGCUCUGUGACCAGCGGCCAUGUGCAAGAGCGACGAACGUUGCGACUCCGGCGAGCCAAUGCAUGCAUUCACGUAGCUGCUUGAGGAGACAGAUGUAGCACUGAUCAGAUUUGUUGCUUCUACGUCGGCUCUUUGAAGCAUGGCGCCAAGAAAUUCGACCCUCUGCAAAUGAUGCAUGGAGACCGCAGCGGAAUAUCGCACCAUCAAGUCUUUCACAUAACACUUGAGCG